AUAUAAAGGCUUUGCUAAGUGCAAAUUAAACUGAACAAUGGAAAGUCACCGGAACUUGCCAACAAACACGGUCGGUUUUUGCCUACUUCCAUCCGAGCUCAUACAAUAUAUAUUUCUUCAUCUAACAUUACCCGACAUUAUCCGAAUAAGGUCUGUUAAUAAAUCAAUAUUAUCUAUAAUUUCGGACAAAGAAUUCGUUCGAAAUUAUAAUCUCCAAUCAGCAUCGGCCUUUGCAACUUGGCUAUUUAUUUACAAAAAGAGAUGGCAUAGAGAUGCAAUUCUUCAAGGUUUUGUUGAUUGUUCAAAUCAAUGGUUCAAAAUAUUGAUUGGAGAGCUGUUGAAAAAGGUGGUUCCACCAGGUGAAGACGUUUAUCUUCUUGCAGCAUCAGGUAAUUUCUUUCUUUUUGCCAUGAAUACUAGCCAGCAACUCGUUUCAGUUAAUCAUGUGACAAGGGCAGUUAUAAAGAUCCCUCAAAGUCCACUUGGUCCACGCGGUACGUCCUCGUGGAGACGAUCCGGUAUGAAAUUGUUCUCCUACCCUCCCGGAUCAAAUAAUUUUCAAUUUUUGUUUGCGGAAUUAAAUGAAAGCCGUCCGAUUUUAUACGUGUACGAUUCUCAAACUGACAUUUGGGUGUCUAGAGAAGCAAGAGAAAAUGAUGGGAUUUUGUCACAUGGCUUUGAAACAUCAAACGGUUGCACUUUCCUAAGUGCGCGUGAUGCUCGAAGUGGAAGUGUUGUUAUUGCCACAGGAAGUCAGUAUGAAACACCUAUCAUCUUACGUUCGAGAUUUUCCAGAGCAAUAAAUGAGGAGGGACAAUUAGCCAUUGGAUUUAGUCGGGAGAAUUCCGUCGAUCAACUAAACAUAUAUGGUGAUGGGAAAAUGAUGAUCGUUAGAUCAGACAACGUUCACGAUGCAACUAGAAAGGUACGAGUGAUGACGGGAUUCGAGCUGUGGGGGUUAAGCAUAAAUGGAAGGCAUUGGGAAUUUAUCACAACGGUUCCCAAUGAAUUAAUUGAGCAAAUAAAGAAGCCAUAUGGGGCAAUGAUGGGGUGUUUACAGCAAAGAGAUGGGAUAAUUAGGGCAAUUUUGAUGUCUAAUUUGGAAGGUAUAUGGGACAUAAUUUGGUUAAACUAUGAUAUUUUGAAGAAGGAUUGGAGUCGGAUUGUAGUGCCAGAAUGCAAGAUGAAGGGUUCAAAUAUGGCUGGAAUUGCCCUAUCCUCUGCUCUCACUCUCUAAUUAACUGAAUUUAUCAAUUUUUAUUCUACGUUCUCAAUGGAAAAUACAGAAAUGUUAAUCAA